GCAAGCAGGUGAUGUUUCUGAUAUGGAAACUGCUGUACCUGCACCGGUUUCUUCAGACGAGGGACGUGACACUACUGCAGCAAUGCAAGAAGAGGCUGUGCAUCUUCAGAACAACGAGCAAAAGGAGCCUACUGGUUGAGGAGCACAGCCAGGAAGAUGCAGGUGAUGUGCCUGCUAUGGAAACUGCACAGGUUUCCUCUGACGACGAAAAUGAUGAUACUGAAGAAAUAGAAGAGGAGCAGGGUCAGGAAGACGAAGGUUGUGUGGAAACUGCUGUGCCGGUUUCUUCAGACGAGGCAAGUCGUGGUACCGAAGAAAUGGAAGAAGAGGACCAGCAAGGUAAGGACAGUUUGCAUCAAAUCAGUAUGCUUGCGCUAUUUGAUUCACUGCCUGACGCGAAUUCUAUUUUUGCAACAAGCGGAGCUGAUGAUGCUGCUCCUCCACGCCGCGCGAGCCGAGACCUCGCCUCCCCGCUCGCCACUGCCACCUACAACAAGCUACUCACUGAGGUGUCCAAGUACAAGCAGACCACGCCCUAG